AUGUUGUUGAAUGAAGACAAGAACGAACAUUAAAUAUAAAUAUCUUGCCUUAACUUCCUUACUUUAGUUGGAAAAGAGCCCGAAUACACUAAUUUCUUCGAAUAAAAUUUAGAAGGAAUUUUUUCGGAAAUAAUUUUCCCUUUUUUAGUAUCUACAAGAAAAGAAUACGAACUAUUGACUGAAAAUCCUGAAGAUUUUAUCCUUUUAUAGGAAGAUUGUUGUAAUAAAUAGACUGGAGAUUCCCCUAAAACUGCCGCCUACGACCUUACAGCCUUUUAUACAUGCUUAUAUACAAUUUUCGAAUUCCUAAAAGGCGAAAAAAGCCUACAAUUAGCCUCCAUAGAAGCCCUAGAUAGUAUGUACUUCGAUUAAUAGCAUUCCUAAAGGCUUAUUUAGACAAUAGAUAGGGCUGUGGAGGUACUUACAGGCUUAUUGGUGGUAUUUAAAGAUGUUAACAAUAGAUUUUUUGACCUCUUAUACUCUAUAAGUAUUAAAUUUGCUUCUCAUAUUAAGUUCAAUUAGGCUCUAGUGGGUAAAAUAGUAGGUUCUAUAUGUUAAAGAAUGUGUAUAGAAUACGAUAAUGUUAAAAAUAUGAAAGAUUAGAACUCUACUUUAUGGUAUGAGUAUUAUAAAAGGAAUAUGUGA